AUGAAAAAAGUUGUUGCAUAUUUAUAUUUAAGAGAAAACUAUUCUGAUAUUAAAUAAUGUAGGUCAUUUAGUCAGAAAAGAAUUAUUAGAUAUGGUUAAUCAGAGGAACCAAUCAAAUAGUAGAAUGUUAAAGUUAAUUCAAAAAAAUCAGGUAUUAUAGGAAAUUAAAAAUACAUUCCAGUCCAUUAUGAUUGGAAAUCAAAUUAGGAAGAUCUUAAAAUUGAUUAAAUAUAUGAAAACUAAUUGGAGAAGCAUUUUAAAACAAAAGAAAUAUCAUAAGAUUAUUAAGAUAAAAUAGAAUUCAUGAAACAAUAUAUAUAAAAAAUAAAUGGAAUGUAUGAAACUUAAAAUAAGACUGAAGCAAUCAAAAGUAUUAGAGCAUUACAUAAAAAAAAUAGAGAUGACCUUAAAUCAUAUGUAAAAUAUAAAGGAUAAAGAUUUUUUGAAAUUUUACCUCUUUUAAAGAAGAGAAACUCAACAGUAAUUGAAGAAUUAAAAUGUUUUAAGCCUAUUUGUAAUUUAGAAUUAAAUUAAAAAGAGAAAUACUAAGAUGAAUUAUUUAAACAUUUAAAUAAAAAAUAAGAUUCUAAAUAUGAGAAUGAUUAAAAAUAACCAAAUAAUUUAUGUAUUGAUUAUAAGGAUAUAAAUAAAAUUUCACCAAAUAUAAGAAGGACUUUUAGUCAAUAAGAUGUCAUAAUUUCAGAGGCUACUAAUUUUAAUAAAAAUAAUUACUUAUUUGAGAUUAAAAAUACAAAUAAUUCUUAAGAAUAAAUAAAAACUUAUACUCGAAACAAUGAAGAUGUGAAAGAAUAGUCAAAUUUUUAAUAGGAUCUUAAGUAAUAUGUUUCUAAACAUAUUAAUACAAGUGGUUCUUGUGAGAUCUCUGCAAUCAAUAUUUCUUAAAUGUAACAGGUAAUAUUUUAUCCAUUAUGAGAGUUAUUUUAAUGAAAAGUUAAAAGAAUUAAAAAGGAUGACCAAAAAGUUUUAAUUCAAAACAUUUAGAUAAUAUACUGAAUCACCAAAAAUAAAAAAUUCUGUAUUUUAGACAACAGCUACAUCUUAAUAAUUUAAAUUUUGA